UGGCCUGGCGGGUUUUGGGGAGCUGCUUCCAUGGAGGGCCAUUUGACCAUGUUGCUGCUGCUGCUCCUGCUGCUGCUCCUGCAGCGUUUUGGAAACUGUGAAGGAACCCCGGGACCACAAGGUGCCAGCCCAGUGCAGUUCACGCACGCUCAGUACAAUGCCACUGUGUACGAAAACUCUGCUGCCAAGACUUACAUUGGGCACCCGGUUAAAAUGGGCAUUUACGUCACAGACUCGUUGUGGGAUAUAAAAUACAAAAUAAUUUCUGGGGACACCGAGAACCUGUUCAAAGCCGAAGAGCAUGUUUUGGGAGACUUCUGCUUUUUGAGGAUACGGACCAAGGGAGGGAACACAGCGAUACUUAACAGAGAAGUGAAAGACCACUACGUGUUAACUGUCAAAGCAAUAGAGAAGAACACAAAUGCCGAAGCUCGCACAAAAGUCAGAGUGCAAGUGCUGGAUACAAAUGACUUGAGGCCUUUGUUUUCCCCAACUUCUUACAGCGUUUCAUUGCUGGAGAAUACAGCAAUAAGGACCAGCAUUGCGAGAGUUAGCGCAACGGAUGCAGAUAUUGGAACUAAUGGGGAAUUUUAUUAUAGUUUCAAAGACAGGACAGAUAUGUUUGCGAUACAUCCAACCAGCGGCGUAAUAGUUCUUACCGGCAGGCUUGAUUAUUCAGAAACAAAGGUUUACGAUCUGGAAAUCCUUGCCGUGGAUCGUGGAAUGAAACUCUACGGCAGCAGCGGAAUCAGCAGCAUGGCGAGGUUGACUGUUUAUAUAGAGCAGGCCAACGAACACGCUCCGGUUAUCGCCGCCCUUGCUUUGGUUCCUUCAGAGCUGGACAAGGAUCCAGUGUAUGCAAUUGUAACUGUUGAGGAUAGGGAUCAGGGCUCGAAUGGAGAGGUGGCAUCUCUAAGCAUUGUGGCAGGUGAUCCCCUCCAGCAGUUUAAAGCUGUCAGAACUUUUCCUGGAGGGAAGGAAUAUAAAAUCAAAGCUGUCAGUAAUAUCGAUUGGGAGAACCAGCCCUUUGGCUAUAACCUAACCUUGCAGGCUAAAGAUAAAGGAAAUCCUCCAAAAUUUUCUCCUGUGAAAGUAAUCCAUGUGGCAUCUCCCCAGUUUAGAUCUGGACCAGCCCGAUUCGAAAAAGAUGUUUAUAGAGCAGAGAUAAGUGAAUUUUCCCCACCAAACACACCUGUGGCUAUGGUAAAAACGAUGCCUAGUUACUCCCACUUAAAAUACGUGUUUAAAAAUGCACUGACCAGAAUCAGAUUCAGUUUGAAUCCUCACACGGGCCUUAUUACUACUUUAGAUCCCAUAAAAGCAGAGCACGCAUCACAUUUUGAACUUGAUAUCAUGACGAGCGACCGAAAAGCGUUUACGAAAAUAUUGGUUAAAGUCAUAGAUGUGAAUACUCACUCGCCUGAAUUUACACAGACAUCUUAUAAAGCAUCUUUUGAUGAGAAUGUGCCUGUAGGUACGAGUGUCAUGCGUGUGAAUGCGAAUGAUCUUGAUGAAGGUGAAAGUGGCUAUGUGACAUAUAGCAUUGCAAACUUAAACCCCGUUCCUUUUGCGAUAGACCACUUUACUGGUGUUGUUAGUACCUCUGAGAACAUGGAUUAUGAAUUAAUGCCGAGAAUCUAUAAGUUAAGGAUUCGAGCUUCUGACUGGGGCACGCCAUAUCGCCGAGAAGCCGAAGUUCCUGUUACUAUAGUCUUAAAUAAUUUGAAUGAUAACACUCCACUGUUUGAGAAAAUCAAUUGUGUGGGAACAAUCCCCAGAGAACUUGGGGUUGGAGAUCAAAUAACAACUGUGUCUGCUAUUGAUGCUGAUGAGCUGCAGUUGGUACAAUACCAAAUUGAAUCUGGAAACGAAUUCGACUUAUUUAGUUUAAAUCCAAACUCUGGGGUUCUUUCCCUGAAGCAGUCAUUAGUAGAUGGCUUUGGUGCAAAAGCAUCCUUUCACAGCGUGAGAAUAACAGCUACUGAUGGAGAGAACUUCGCAGUGCCUUUGUACAUUAAUGUCACUGUAGUUGCCGGCCGCAAACCAGUCAGUUUACAGUGUGAAGAAACUGGCGUCGCCAAAAUGCUGGCAGAGAAGUUACUGCAAGCCAACAAGCUGCGUGGUCGUAGUGAGGUUGAGGAUGCCUUUUUCGACACGCACUCUGUGAACUUGCAUGCACCUCAGUUUGGAAAUAAUCUUCCCCGUAGCAUUGAAGUAAGAGAAGAUCAGCUGGUAGGUUCUAGCAUAGUACUUAUGAAUGCUACUGAUCAUGACACUGGUUUCAAUGGGAAACUGGUCUAUGCCAUCUCUGGAGGCAAUAAUGAUAGCAGCUUUACCAUUGGUAUGGAAACAGGAAUGCUAAAAAUUUUAACACCCCUUGACCGUGAAGUAAAAGAUAAGUACAUAUUGAAUGUUACUGUUUAUGAUCUUGGAAUACCACAGAAAUCCAGCUGGCUUCUUUUAGAUAUUAAAGUUUUAGAUGUCAAUGACAAUUGUCCAGAAUUUUUACAGGACAGCUAUUUUGUAGAUGUGAGUGAAAACAAGGACCUGGAUACAGAAAUAAUUCAUAUAGAAGCCAUAGAUAGAGAUUCAGGGAUGAAUGGAGAAGUGCGAUAUUCCAUUCUCACAGAUACAGAUAAGUUUUCUAUUAAUAGUGUGACGGGCAUUGUGAAAGUUGUAGGGCCUCUGGAUCGUGAAGCGCAGCCUGUACAUUUCCUGAAAAUAGAGGCCAGGGACCAAGCUGAAGAAGAACCUCAGUUGUUUUCGACUGUACUACUGAAGGUAUCUUUGGAAGAUGUCAACGAUAACCCUCCCAAAUUUAUUCCGUCAAAUUAUCGUGUGAAAAUUCGAGAGGACCUUCCAGAAGGAGCAAUUAUCACAUGGCUGGAAGCCUAUGAUCCUGAUUUAGGCCAGUCAAGUCAAGUGCGGUAUAGCCUCUUAGAUGGUGGGGAUGGAAGCUUUGAUGUAGACAAACUCAGUGGAGCAGUUCGCAUUGUCCAAAGACUGGAUUUUGAGAGGAAACAAGUUUAUAAUCUAACUGUCCGUGCCAAAGAUAAAGGGAAGCCUGUUUCAUUGUCUUCUACCUGUUACGUUGAAAUCGAAGUAGUUGAUGUAAAUGAAAAUCUUCACCCACCGCUUUUUCAGAACUUUGUGGAUAAAGGUUUUGUAAAUGAAGAUGUUCCUGUUGGAACUUCCGUGAUGACUGUGUCUGCUUAUGAUGAAGAUACAGGAAGAGAUGGAGAAAUUAGAUACUCCAUAAGAGAUGGAUCUGGUAUUGGAGUUUUUAGUAUAGAUGAAGAAAAAGGUACGAUAGAAACGGUUGAUUUGCUUGAUCGGGAAACUACUUCGCAUUACUGGCUCACUGUGUAUGCAACAGACCGAGGUGUUGUGCCUCUUUCUUCCUUCAUUGAAAUCUACAUAGAAGUAGGAGAUGUCAAUGACAACGCUCCCCAGACCACUCGGCCGGUUUAUUACCCAGAAGUCAUGGAAAAUUCACCCAAGGAUGUGUCAGUCAUUCACAUACAGGCAGUUGAUGCAGACUCUAGCUCUAAUGACAAGCUGACCUACAAGAUUACUAGUGGAAACCCACAGGGAUUCUUUUUCAUGAAUCCGAAAACUGGUCUAAUUACAACGACGUCAAGAAGACUUGACCGAGAGCAACAAGCAGAGCACGUAUUAGAGGUAACAGUUACAGACAACGGCAUCCCAGCAAAAUCAACCCUUGCCCGGGUCAUAGUCAAGAUCUUAGAUGAAAAUGAUAAUAAACCUCAGUUCUUGCAAAAGUUCUACCAAAUCAGAUUGCCCGAACGUGAAAGACCGGAGAGGGAGAGGACUGCCCGGAGGGACCCUGUCUAUCGUGUUUUGGCAGCAGAUAAAGACGAGGGACCCAAUGCAGAAAUAUCUUACAGCAUCGAAGAAGGGGAUGAGCAUGGCAAAUUUUUUAUUGAACCCAAAACUGGAAUUGUCUCCUCUAAGAAGUACUCUGGCGCUGGAGAAUAUGACAUUCUUACAAUCAAAGCUGUGGAUAACGGUCGUCCGCAAAAAUCAUCAACAACUCGGCUUCACAUAGAAUGGAUCCCAAAGCCCAGUCCAGCUCCUGAACCAAUUGUUUUUGAGGAAUCGUUUUUUUCUUUUACUGUCAUGGAAAGUGAUCCAGUAGCUCACAUGAUUGGUGUAAUAGCUGUUGAGCCUCUUGGCACUCCCCUUUGGUUUGACAUUACGGGUGGCAACUAUGACAGCCGCUUUGAUGUGGACAAGGGCACUGGGACUGUCAUUGUCGCGAGGCCUCUCGAUGCAGAACAGAAAUCAAAUUACAACCUGACAGUAGAAGCAACAGAUGGAACCAGAACUAUUGGCACUCAGGUAUACAUCAAGGUUAUAGACACGAAUGAUCACAGACCUGAGUUUUCUUCAUGGGAGUACCAAGUCGUUAUACCAGAGGACACCAUGCCCGAGACAGAAAUUUUGCAAAUCAGUGCUUCGGACAGAGAUGAGAAAAAUAAGCUAAUUUAUACUAUGCAGAGCAGCAUCGAUCCUAUCAGCCUUAAGAAAUUUCGUCUGGAUCCCGCCACUGGCUCUCUUUACACUUCCGAACAUUUGGAUCACGAGGCCAUACAUCAGCAUAUUCUCACUGUCAUGGUUCGAGAUCAAGAUGUUCCUGUCAAGCGCAGCUUUGCUAGAAUCAUCAUUAAUGUGAGUGACACGAAUGAUCAUGCACCAUGGUUCACCAGUUCCUCCUAUGAAGGGCGGGUGUAUGAGUCUGCCGCUGUUGGGUCAGUAGUGCUCCAAGUUACAGCCCUGGACAAGGACAAAGGGAAAAAUGCAGAAAUUGUGUACUCCAUAGAAUCAGGAAAUGUUGGAAAUGCUUUCAGUAUACAUCCUAUCUUAGGCAGUAUUACUACUGCAAAAGAAUUGGAUUUUAGCAGUCAGGAAGACUAUACUUUGAUAGUGAAAGCCACAGAUAAAGGGGCUCCUCCAAUGAGUGAAGUAACAUCCGUACACAUUUCAGUCACAAUCUCUGACAAUGCAUCCCCAAAAUUCACAAUGAAAGAAUAUUCCACAGAGAUCAGUGAAAGCAGCAACAUUGGCAGUUUUGUUGGCAUGGUAACUGCAUACAGCCAAUCAUCCAUCGUUUAUGAAAUAAAAGAUGGUAACGUGGGUGAUGUCUUCACCGUUAACCCAAAUUCCGGUGUCAUUACCUCUCAGAAGACACUUGAUUUUGAAACAUUGCCUUUUUAUACUCUCACUGUUCAGGGAACCAACAUGGCUGGCCAGUCCACUAACACUACUGUAUUGGUACACCUUCAAGACGAGAAUGAUAAUGCGCCAACUUUUAUGCAAGCAGAAUACACAGGACUCAUCAGUGAAUUGGCUUCAAUUAACAGUGUGGUUCUAACCGACAAGAAUUCCCCAUUAGUGAUACGAGCUGCAGAUGCUGACAGGGAAUCAAAUGCUUUACUCGUCUAUCAGAUCGUUGAGCCAUCUGUCCACAAGUAUUUUGCCAUUGAUUCUAGUACGGGCGCUAUCCGUACAGUAAUGAGCUUGGACUAUGAAGAGACAAAUAUAUUUCACUUCUCCGUGCAAGUGCACGAUAUGGGGACGCCACACUUAUUUGCAGAAUACGUGGCAAAUGUUACCAUUUACGUCAUCGACAUCAAUGACUGCUCUCCUGUGUUCUCAAAAGACCUUUAUGAGGCAACCCUGUUAGUGCCAACCUAUAGAGGGGUGAAAGUUGCCAUUGUAAAUGCCACAGAUGCUGAUUCGAGAGCCUUUUCACAACUAAUGUAUUCUAUCACAGAAGGCAACAUUGGAGACAAAUUUUCAAUCGAUUCCAAGUUGGGGCAGAUAACUGUGCAAAAUACAACUCAGUUAAGAAGCCGGUAUGAAUUGACAGUCAGAGUUUCUGAUGGCAGAUUUGCAAGCACUGCAUCCGUAAAAGUUAAUGUGAAAGAGAGCAAAGCAAGCCAGCUGAAGUUCACACAGAGUUCCUACAAUGCGGUAGUCCAAGAAAAUUCCACAGAAGCAAAAACAAUCGCUGUUAUUGCUGCUAUAGGGAGUCAAAUAAAUGAACCUUUGUUUUAUCAUAUUCUAAACCCAGACAGCAGAUUUAAAAUUAGCAGCACUUCAGGUGUCCUUUCAAUCACUGGAAUACCAUUUGAUCGUGAACUGCAGGAGUUUUUUGACGUUGUAGUAGAAGUGACAGCAGAGCAUAAGCCUUCUCUAGUUGCACACGUUGUAGUAAAGGUCACUGUGGAAGACGUCAAUGAUAAUGCCCCUAUUUUUGUCGAUCUUCCAUAUUAUGCCACUGUUAAAAUAGACUCUGAAGUGGGCCACGUUAUUCGGCGUGUCACUGCUGUGGAUAAAGACGCUGGUAGAAAUGGAGAAGUUCUUUAUUACCUCAAAGAACACUAUGACCUCUUCCAAAUAGGACCCACUGGUGAAAUCUCACUCAAGAAGCCAUUUGACCCAGAUACACUCAAUAAAGAAUACCUCCUCACUGUAAUAGCAAAAGAUGAAGGAGAACCAAGUUUUUCUGCUGAAGUGACAGUCCCGGUCACUGUGGUGAAUAAAGCCAUGCCAGUGUUUGAAAAAACCUUCUACAGUGCAGAGAUACCAGAAAAUAUCCAGAUUCACAGUCCUGUUGUACAUGUGCAAGCUAAUAGCCCAGAAGGACUCAAAGUGUUUUACAGCAUCACAGACGGCGACCCUUUCAAACAGUUUACUAUCAACUUCAAUACUGGAGUUAUCAAUAUUUUUGCCCCUCUAGAUUUUGAGGCCCACCCUGCCUACAAGCUGAGAAUACGUGCAACUGAUUCUCUGACGGGGGCCCAUGCUGAAGUAUUUGUCGACAUAAUAAUUGAAGACAUCAAUGAUAAUCCUCCUAUCUUUACAGAGCAAUUUUAUGCUGCCGCCCUCUCUGAGGCGUCUGUAAUUGGAACAUCUGUUGUACAUGUCAGGGCUACAGAUGCUGAUUCUGGAACAAACAGAGGGAUUUCCUAUCACUUGAUAGAAAACAGCAGCAAAAGCCAUGAUUAUUUCCACAUUGAUAGCAGCACUGGGCUCAUUCUGACAGCAAGGAGUUUGGAUUACGAAAAGGCUCCGCAACACACAUUGCUAGUAAGAGCAAUAGACAGUGGAAUGCCUCCACUGAGCAGUGACAUUAUUGUAACUGUCAACAUAACAGACCUGAACGAUAACCCACCAGUAUUUAACCACCUGCUUUAUGAAGCUAACCUGAGUGAACUGGCUCCCCGUGGACACUUUGUGACUUGUGUAAAGGCCUUCGAUGCAGACAGUUCAGAUGCAGGCAAGCUCGAGUAUUCCAUAUUAACAGGCAAUGAUCACAUGAAUUUUGUAAUCGACAGCAAAACUGGUGUCAUCACCCUCUCAAGCCUAUACAAACAGGCUCUGAGGCCUGCUUACAGUCUUAAUGUCUCUGUUUCUGAUGGGGUCUUCAGAAGUUCAGCUCAGGUUUUCAUAACUGUAAUUGGAGCCAAUUUACAUAGCCCUGUUUUUGCUCAGACUGAAUAUGAGGUGGAACUCGCUGAGAAUGCUCCAUUGAAUACGCUGGUGAUUCAAGUCGAAGCAGCGGACAAAGAUGCCAGCAACUAUGGCCACGUCACAUACCAUAUUGUGAACGAUUUCGCAAAAGACAGGUUUUAUACUAAUGAGAGAGGACAGAUAUUUACCUCAGAAAAACUUGAUCGUGAAACUCCAGCUGAAAAAGUAAUCGCCAUCAGGUUAAUGGCCAAGGAUUCUGGGGGGAAAGUGGCUUUCUGCAGCAUCAGUGUAAUCCUCACUGAUGUUAAUGACAACGGCCCUUUGUUCCGAGCAACCGAGUACGAGGCGAAUAUUGGAAGUGACGUACCAAAAGGUACAUCUGUAAUUAAGGUUUUAGCUUCUGAUGCUGAUGAGGGCUCCAAUGCAGACAUCACUUACACCAUCGAAGCAGAGUCUGAAAACGUUGAAGAGAAUUUAGAAAUUAAUCCUUUGACUGGACUAAUCACCACAAAAGAAAGUUUAAUUGGUUUGGAAAAUGAGUUCCUCACUUUUUUUGUCAGAGCAAUGGAUGGUGGCUCCCCGCAAAAGGAGACUGUUGUUCCUCUCUAUGUUCGAAUACUCCCCCCUGAAGUGCCUGUCCCAAGAUUUUCAGAGCCAUUUUAUUCUUAUACUCUUCCUGAAGAUAUUCCUGUUGGGACAGAGAUAGAUGUUAUACGAGCAGAACAUGCUCAGCCCUUGCUAUACACUCUGGUUAAAGGGAAUACUCCUGAAAGCAACAGAGAUGGAUAUUUUGUAAUAGAUAGGCAAAAUGGAAACUUGAAACUUGAAAAGAGCCUUGAUCAUGAGACAACUAAGUGGUACCAGUUUUCAGUGCUAGCACAUUAUAUGGAUGAAAAUUACAAAAUUGUUUCUUCAGUAGACGUAAGCAUUCAAAUAAAAGUUGUAAAUGACAAUGAACCCAUUUUAGAGUCCAAUCCAUAUGAAGCAUAUGUUGUGGAAAAUAUGCCAGCUGGAACAAAGGUCAUACAAGUCAAAGCAGUUGAUCAGGAUUCUGGAAUCAAUGGACAUGUUACUUAUAUGUUAGAGGCCACACAAGAGAUUGAUAUCAUAGAUACUUUUGCCAUAAACGUGGAAACAGGCUGGAUUACAACUCUAAAAGAGCUUGACCAUGAGAAGCAGGAUACCUACAGGAUUACUGUAGUCGCAUCUGACCGAGGCGAGAAAAUUCAGUUGUCUUCUACUGCAGUCGUUGAAGUUUUUGUGACUGAUGUGAAUGACAACCCUCCACGCUUCACUGCAGAGAUUUACAAAGGCACAGUCAGCGAAGAUGAUCCAACUGGAGGAGUUGUUGCAAUAUUAAGUACUACCGAUGCUGAUUCAGAAGAGGCCAACAGACAAGUCAGCUAUUUCAUUACAGGAGGUGAUCCAUUAGGACAGUUUGCUGUGGAAAACAUACAGAAUGAAUGGAAAGUAUAUGUCAGAAAACCCCUGGACAGAGAAGUAAAAGAUAAUUAUCUUCUAGACAUCACGGCAACCGAUGGGAUGUUUGCAACAAAAGCCAUGGUGGAGGUUAAAGUCCUUGAUUCAAAUGACAACAAUCCUAUUUGUGAAAAGACAUUGUACACAGAGGCUGUUUCAGAAGAUUCUCCUCCUGGCAAACUCAUCAUGCAAGUCUCUGCCACAGAUGCAGAUAUUCGUUCUAACGCCGAAAUUACUUACAUCCUGCAUGGUGCUGGAGCAGAAGACUUUAGACUCAGUCCAGACACAGGUGAGCUGAAAACAUUGGCAGCGCUUGACCGCGAACAGAAAGCAGUUUAUACUCUUACGGUCAAAGCUUCCGAUGGCGGAGGGAGAUUUUGCCAUGCUAAUGUUAUUCUGAAUAUAGAAGAUGUGAAUGAUAAUGCCCCAGAGUUUACUGCUGAUCCAUACUCCAUCACAGUAUUUGAAAACACGGAGGUGAAGACUCUGUUGACCAGAGUGCAGGCUACGGAUGCAGAUUCAGGGAUAAAUCGGAAGAUUCACUAUUCCUUGGUCAAUUCUGCCGACGGACAGUUUUCUAUUGAUGAAUUCUCUGGGAUUGUUCGAUUGGAAAAGCCUUUGGAUCGGGAAUUGCAGGCAGUAUAUUCUCUGAUCGUAAAAGCCGAAGAUGAAGGUUCCCCUAGAAGGCUGUCUUCCACUGGUGUUCUUGUGGUUUCUGUUCUGGAUAUAAAUGAUAAUCCACCUGUUUUUGAGUAUAAAGAGUACAGUGCAACUUUGUCAGAAGACACAGUGAUCGGGAUGGAGAUUCUGCAGGUCUAUGCCGCUAGCCGGGAUAUUGAAGCCAACGCUGAAAUCACAUAUUCAAUAGUCAGUGGAAAUGAACAUGGAAAAUUCAGUAUUGAUUCCAAAACAGGAGCUAUUUUUGUUAUUGGAAGUCUUGAUUAUGAGAGCUCCCCUGAGUAUUAUCUGACGGUGGAAGCCACAGAUGGAGGAUCACCUUCCUUGAGUGAUGUUGUAACAGUGAAUAUAAAUGUAACCGAUAUCAAUGACAACACUCCAGUGUUCAGUCAAGACACUUAUACGGCAGUAAUCAGUGAAGAUGCCGAGGUUGAACAAUCAGUGAUCACCGUUAUGGCAGCCGAUGCUGAUGGGCCUUCCAACAACCACAUUCGUUACUCCAUUAUAGAUGGCAACCAAGGGAGCCCUUUCACAAUUGAUCCUACCUUAGGUGAAGUCAAGGUGGCUAAACCUCUUGACAGAGAGAAGUUCUCAGGUUACACUCUGACAGUUCAAGCGUCAGACAAUGGGAAUCCCCCCAGAGCCAAUGUGACUACAGUCAAUAUUGAUGUAUCCGAUGUAAAUGACAACCCGCCUGUGUUCUCAAAGGGGAAUUACAGUAUUAUCAUUCAGGAAAAUACGCCAGUUGGGUAUAACAUCCAGCAGCUGUUAGUAACAGACAAGGAUUCCUCCCACAACGGGCCACCUUUCCUUUUCACCCUUGUGAGUGGCAAUGAAGGGAACGCUUUCGAGAUUGACCAGCAAGGAGUCCUUACAACUGCUAUUCGGCUAAAACGCAAAGUGAAGGAUCAGUAUUUUCUUCAAAUUAAGGUGGCCGAUAAUGGAAGACCUCAGUUGUCCUCUUUGACUUACGUUGACAUCAGAGUUAUUGAGGAAAGCAUCCAUCCGCCAGCCAUUCUGCCCCUAGAAAUCUUCAUCACAGCCUUUGGGGAAGAAUAUUCCGGCGGCGUCAUUGGAAAAGUGCAUGCAACCGACCAAGAUGUGUAUGACACUCUAACGUAUAGUUUGGAUCCCACGAUGGAGUCCUCCUUCUCCGUCUCUAGCACAGGUGGCAAGCUGAUCGCUCACAAAAGGCUAGACAUAGGGCAGUAUCUCUUGAACGUUACCGUUACAGAUGGAAAGUUUACAACCUCAGCAGUCAUUACAGUGCAUAUCAGACAAAUAACCCAGGAGUUACUGAACCACAGCAUAGCUCUCCGGUUUGCCAGCCUUGCCCCAGAGGAAUUCAUUGGCGACUAUUGGCGCAAUUUCCAAAGAGCUGUACGGAGCAUCUUAGGGGUCAGAAGAAACGACAUACAAAUAAUGAGCUUGCAGCCCUCGGAUCCUCCAUCCAACCUGGAUGUCUUGCUGCUUGUUGAAAAGUCUGGUAGUGCUCAGUACCCAACCAGAGCCCUGCUCCACAAGAUAAACUCCUCUGUGGCUGACUUGGAGGAGAUCUUAGGAGUUCGGAUACUGAAUGUGUUCCACAAAUUGUGUCUGGGCCUCGAAUGUCCUUGGAAGUUUUGCGAAGAAAAAGUGACAGUGGAUGAAAAUGCCAUGUCCACCCACAGCACGGCCAGGUUGAGCUUUGUCACCCCCCAUCAUCGGAGAACCCCAUUUUGUCUUUGCAAAGAAGGUAGAUGCCCCAUCAUGAGCAGUGCAUGUGAAGGAAACCCAUGCCCGGAAGGUACGGAAUGCAUAGCGGAUCCUCAAGAAGGAACAUACACUUGCGUGUGUCAUGGAAGCAGUAUGACCCAGUGCCCUGCGUCAGUGGGCCCAUCAGUAACUUUCAGUGGAAGCAGCUAUGUUAAGUAUCGCCUCACGGAAAAUGAAAACAAGGAAGAAAUGAAGCUUACCAUGAGGCUCCGAACCUAUUCUGCCCACGCAGUCGUCAUGUAUGCCAGAGGAACAGACUAUAGCAUUUUAGAGAUCCACCAUGGAAGGCUGCAGUAUAAAUUUGACUGUGGAAGUGGUCAUGGUAUUGUGUCUGUGCAGAGCAUUCAAAUCAACGACGGCCAAUGGCAUUCGGUGUCUCUUGAAGUCGAUGGAAACUAUGCCAAGCUGAUCUUAGACAGGGUGCACACAGCAUCUGGUAUAGCUCCUGGUACUUUAAGGACACUGAACCUGGACAACUAUGUAUUUUUUGGUGGCCACAUUCGACAGCAGGGCACAAGGCAUGGAAGGAGCCCGCAGGUUAGCAAUGGCUUCAGAGGCUGCAUGGAUUCCAUUGUACUUAAUGGCCAAGAGUUGCCCCUAAACAGCAAGCCACGGAGUUAUGCUCACAUGGAAGAAUCUGUGGGUGUGUCUCCUGGAUGUUUACUGACUACCACAGGGGAUUGUUCAAGCAGCCCGUGCCAGAAUGGGGGCAUUUGUAGUCCACUGCUCGCUGGAGGUUAUGAUUGUAAGUGUACAACUUUGUACACAGGCACACACUGUGAUGUCAGCGUCAACCCAUGUGCUUCCAAUCCAUGUCUCUAUGGUGGCACCUGCAUUCCUCUUAACAGUGAUUUCAUCUGUCAGUGCAGAGGACUGUACACAGGUCAAAGGUGUCAGAUUGGUCCAUAUUGCAAAGACAACCCAUGUAAAAACAGUGGCAAAUGUAUCGAUAGCUUAGACGGGCCUGUUUGCGAAUGUGAAUCAGGUUUUCAUGGAGAAAGGUGUCUGACUGAUGUUGAUGAAUGCAUAGAAAGCCCCUGCCAGAACGGUGCCCUCUGUGAGAACACAUACGGUGCCUAUCACUGUAAUUGUAGCCAUGGAUUUGGAGGAAAACAUUGUGCUGACAUCCUUAAUAAAUACGUUUCAACCUCUUGGAACAUUGGUUUGGCAGAAGUCAUUGGAAUUAUCGUUUUCAUAGUGGGAGUCUUCAUACUGGUUGGGCUUUUUGUUGCCUGCCGCCAAAUAAUCAGGAGAAGAAAGAAGAAAAACCAGCCAGAACCUGAAGACAAACACCUGGGAACAACAACGCCUUUCUUACAAAGACCAUACUUUGAUUCAAAACUGAACAAGAACAUUUAUUCUGACAUUCCACCCCAGGUGCCCGUUCGUCCCAUUUCGUAUACUCCAAGCAUUCCAAGCGAUUCAAGGAACAAUCUGGACAGGAACUCUUUUGAGGGAUCCACUAUUCCAGAGCAUCCAGAGUUCAGUACUUUUAAUCCCGAUUCUGUACAUGGCCAUAGGAAAGCAGUGGCGGUCUGUAGCGUAGCCCCUAAUUUGCCGCCACCACCUCCAUCUAACUCUCCAUCGGACAGUGACUCCAUACAGAAGCCCAGCUGGGAUUUUGACUAUGACACUAAAGUGGUAGAUCUUGAUUCCUGCCUUUCAAAGAAGCCCUUGGAAGAAAAGGUGUCUCAGCCUUACAGUACUAGAGAAAGCUUGUCUGAGGUUCAGUCCCUUAGCUCCUUCCAGUCCGAAUCGUGUGAUGACAAUGCUUCCCUAGUGACUGUAAUACACCUUGUCAAUGCAGUUGUUGACUCGGUGGGAAAAGAAGAAUCUUUUGCUGUUCCUGACCUGAGCAAUUCAAGAGGGUAUCACUGGGAUACCUCCGACUGGAUGCCAAGUGUCCAACUUCCUGGCAUACAGGAGUAUCCAACUUACGAGGUGGUGGAGGAGCCUGCACCCCUGUACACAGAUCCAAACUCCAUUGAUGCAGACUACUACCCUGGAGGCUACGACAUUGAAAGUGACUUUCCGCCUCCACCAGACGACUUCCCGGUGCCCGAUGACCUCCCACCAUUACCACCGGAGUACAGUGAUCAGUUUGACUCAAUGCAGCAACCCAGGGACAUCUCUGCUGUGGGUAGCUUGGGGUCCUCUGCAAGGAGCCGGCAGAGGUUCAACCUCAACCAGUACCUACCCCAUCACUAUCCCUCGGACCGGUUGGAACCUCAGAACACAACCAGCGGAGUCUCCGGUAGUUACAGAGAACCCUAUGUCCCGUACACGGUAGGGUACAGUAGAGACUUUGAAGCACUCCCUCUAGACAACAUGUCCAUGUCUGUGUAUGCUUCCACGGCUUCGUGCUCUGAUGUGUCGGCAUGCUGUGAAAUGGAGUCCGAGGUGAUGAUGAGUGACUAUGAGAGUGGAGACGAUGGACAUUUUGAAGAUGUGGUCAUUCCUCCGCUCGAGCAUCAGCACCACACAGAAGUCUGACAACCUUCCUCAACAAAAAGUGCCUGGAUGUUAAUGAACUUUAAAAAAAAAAAAAGAUUCUAGAGCAAUCUUGGAGAGCUUAUUUUUUUUCCCUUGUUUGCGGCAGUGCUUGAGUGCUUCUGUUUCAGUGAGCUAAGACUGGCAUGGCUGCACUGGAUCUAGCAGCUCAUUUCAACAUAUUAACCAGUUUUUUCCCAUUUCUCGACCGCCUGCAGAUUUAACUGAUUACAGGUCUCCCAUUGGCUGUGCCAUUCCUGAAAGUGUGUGUGUUU